AUGUCCGUUUCAGCCCAGCAACUGGCGGACUUGCUGCCCACCGCCAUCGCCAUCCUCAACCACGCCGACGAGCCCAUCUUCACCAACCGCCGUUUCCGCUCUCUCUUGACCUCCCCCCGAAACAACAAACCCCUACCUCCGCGGUCCUUUGACGCUUGGUCGCCCGCGGUCCAUCCAGACGACUAUCCCGGGCUCGCCACCGCGUACCAGGCCGCCGCGGGCCACAACCGUCCCCUGCGCAUCGAGUACCGUACCCGCGACGAGGAAUCUGCCUCCUGGCGGCUGCUGACGCUGACCCCGAUGGGGGUGGCGGAGCGGGAGGGCUUUGGGCUCGGUGACAAGGGAGGGGGGUCGAUAUGCACGAUCGCGGAUAUCUCGCAGGAGAAAGGGGUGGAGUUGUCGCAUAAACGCAUCGCGGAGGAGGCGCAGCAGCGCAAGACGCAGCAGGAGCGGUUCAUCGAUAUGAUCAGCCACGAGGUGCGCAAUCCGCUGUCGGCGAUUCUGCAUUGCACGGAGGAUAUCUUGGAGGCGGUGCGUGGCCACAAUCACAAUCACAAUCACAACUACGGUAAGAACAAGGACAAAAGCCAGAACCAGGGCCAGCAGCGAAAGCAGAAGAACCGGGCACCGAACGCAGACGACACCGUCACACAUGCCGCCAUCGCCCAAGCCGCCGAAACAAUUGCCCUCUGCGUCGCUCACCAGAAGAAGAUCGUCGACGACGUCCUCACCUUCUCCAAGCUCGACGCCGGCAUGUUCACUCUCUCGCCGCGCCGCGUCCGCCCCCGCCGCCACCUCGCCACCUCGCUCGCCAUCUUCCGUCCGGAGCUGCGCAAGCAGCGCAUCGCCUUCGACUACCAGCUCGACAACUCGUACGUCGACUCCGCCGUCGACUGGGUGAUGGCCGACCUCGACCGCAUGGGCCAGGUGCUGAUCAACCUCGUCUCGAACGCGAUCAAGUUCACCGCGCAGGCGGCCGGCGAGCGCGCCAUCCGCGUGUCCCUGGCGGCGGCGACGGCGCGUCCGCCGUCGUACCCGCCCAACGUGGUGUUUUUUGACUCGGACGACGCGGCGCGGGGGCUCGACAAGACCGCGGACGCGGACUGGGGGUGCGGCGAGAUCGUGUAUGUCAUGGUCGCGGUGCGGGACACGGGCAUCGGCAUCGGCGACGAGGCGCAGAAGAGGCUGUUUGAGCGGUUCAACCAGGCCACGCCGCGCACCGAGACCAUCUACGGCGGCUCCGGGCUGGGGCUGAAUGUGAGUCGGCGGCUGUGCCAUUUGCACGGGGGCGAGAUUGGGGUGAGCUCGAAGGAAGGCGAGGGGAGUACGUUUGGCUUCUUUUUCACGGUGCGGCGGGAGCGCGAGCCCGAGGACUGGGCCACGGGGGCAGAGGCCGCAGGCGACGACGACGACGACGACGACGACGACGACGACGCCGAGAUCACCCAGCUAUGCCAGGAGAUCCAGUCCAUGGGCAACGAGAUGACCGGGGAUCCCGAGGAAACGACCUCGCCGGCGAUGCCGGAAAGCCCGCCCGUCACGCACGUCGAGGAGGUGGCGCCGGGGGCGAAGCGGGACGCGCGCAUGGAACACACAGCCAAGUUGGUCGCGGAGACGGAGCGGAGCAACGGGUCGUCGCCUGCGGACGAGAACCGCCACAUCCUCCUCGUUGAGGACAACGUCAUCAACCAGCGCAUCGUGUCGCGCAAGCUGCAGUCGCUGGGGUUCCAGGUCGUGGAGGCCAACAACGGCCGCGAGGCACUGGAGGCCGUGUACGCGCGGCGGUUUGACUGCAUCCUCAUGGAUCAGUCGAUGCCGGUGAUGGACGGGAACGCUGCCACGCGGGCGAUCCGCGAGUUCGAGAAGGAGAAGACGGUCGACCAUAUCCCCGUGCUGGGGGUGACGGCCAAUGUGCGGGCGGAACAGCAGCAGGAAAUGCUGCAGUCGGGCAUGGACGAUGUCAUUCACAAGCCGUAUAAGAUGGAGGAGCUGACGAAGAAGAUCCAGGAGUUGCUCGAUGACUCCUAG